UUACCUGCAGUAGUUUCAUGUAUGAGUUCUUGACUGCAGAAGAAGCAAAACUCAACACCGUAGAUGUGCCUAGGACGUCACAGCGGAAGCUUAGAAGAGAUUUGAAGUAUGAUUUUACAGAGAAAAGAGCCCAGCCUCACAUUUCACUUCCCUCUACUAGAGGAUGCAACAUAUAUGCUCCGUCUGUGAAGGCACAUAUUUUCUCUCUGUGUUUGAGUAUUUGAGUUUCCUGAGUUUAACAGUUUAACUUCUGAGAAAUAUGCAGCUUUCAUUCUGAUCUUUUCAUAAUGCUUAAUUAGAUUACACGAAAUAACAUGCUAAAUUGAGUUGAUUUACAUCAACUUGUAAAUCUCACAGUUGAAGAUUUCAAAGAGCAGGAGUCAGAGAGAGUACAACGGUCAAACGAAAGAUACGGCUGGGGGACUUCUCACUUCUGGAUUUCUGUCUUAAAUAUCUCUAAUGGUACAUAAUGACCUCAGUUCCAAAACCUUCACGGGAAUACAGAGCCGAGGAGUAAAUCACCACGUCCCAAGACGAAGAGCGUGAAGAAGACUUCAGAAUGCUGUUAAACGUGCAGGGUUUUUGCUCUUAGUCCUCAUAGUUCUGCAGACUUGAAAUUACAACGAUGACUUCAUCUUCAGUCGGACACCGCUGAUAUAUUUUUGUAGAAGCAUUAGACUGUACUUUACAAUAACUACAACACCAGAGAAGGAAGGAUGAAUGGGUUGGCAGAGACCUCAGUGAAAUGCGUACUGGUCGGGGACUGCGCAGUGGGUAAAACUGCACUUCUUGUACGAUUCACUUCUGAAACUUUCCCAGACAGCUACAGACCGACUGUCUAUGAAAACACUGGCGUUGAUGUUUUCAUGGAUGGAAUCCAGAUCAGCUUGGGACUGUGGGAUACAGCAGGACACGAUACAUUCCGCCAAAUCCGGCCCAUGUCCUAUCAGCAGGCCGAUGUGGUUUUGCUAUGUUAUUCGGUGGCAAAUCCAAAUUCGUUAAAUAAUUUGCGUUAUAAAUGGAUCACUGAAGUGAGGGAAUUUCUUCCAAAAGUACCUGUGCUGGUUGUAGCCACACAGACAGACCAUCGUGAGAUGGGACCGUAUCGUGCUAACUGCACGACAGCCUCUGAGGGCAAACAGGUGGCACAGGAGAUCCGUGCCAAGGGAUACCUGGAAUGCUCGGCUCUCAGCAAUCGUGGUGUGCAACAGGUUUUUGAGUGUGCCGUUCGAACGGCUGUUAAUCGGGCACGAAGACGGACAAGGCGGAGACUGAUGGACCUUAACCCCUGUAAAAUCUCCUGAUGAUUUCAAUAGAGGGAUGUUGUUUAAUUCUCAUCACUAAGACAAUAUUGUUUCUCACACACAAAACCAAGUAUUUGAAGCCUCAACAAAGACUGAUGUCUAAAUACGGUUUACUUAAAAUACUUGUUUGAUUUUGAGUCCGGUUCUGAAAUCUGACCAUAUGUUAGACACAUUACAGACAUGAACAGCUAUUUAUUCAGUCCCAUUUUAUAUUAGCUGGCCUUAACUACUAUGUACUUACAUUUAAAUGAAUCAUUUGAUAAGAUGCACUUGUUGUGUACAUAAAUAUGUCGUACUUACAUUUAAAAAAAUGCCUGCAUGUAAUUAAAUUUGUAAUUAAUUUCUGUUUAAUUAUACUGUUAACCUGUCCCUUACACCUUAACCCACCCUUAAACCUACCCAUACCACCCAACCUGUCCAUAAGCGUAACCGUAUCCCACCUCAAUAGCAGCAA